AUGAUUACCGAUAGCAUUACUCCUCUUGGUAAAGAGGCUACAGCAGCCCAAGAAGCGAAAUUCAAGGAAGAUAAGAAGAAAGAUUACAAUGCCCUUUUCUUGAUCCAUUCUUGUGUCGAUAGUGACAAUUUCGAAAAAGUUGGCGAUUAUGACUCGGCGAAGACUGCUUGGGGUAUUCUUGAGAAAGCUUAUGCUAGUGCGGAUAAGGCGAAGGUGGUGAGGUUACAAACUCAUAAGCGGCAGUUUGAGUUACUUCAAAUGGAAGACAAGGAAACGAUUAACGAUUAUGUGACGCGUGUGACACGCUUGGGGAAUCAGAUGAAGUCGUGUGGUGAAGCCGUUUCCGAACAGAAUUUUGUGUCGAAAGUAUUGCGUUCUUUAACACCAAGAUUCGAUAAUAUUGUGGUGGCGAUUGAGGAAUCGAAGGAUCUCAAGACGAUGACGAAAGAUGAACUUCAAAGUUCAUUGGAAGCUCAUGAACAAAAGAUGGACGAAAGAGGAAAAGAUAAAGCCAAAGCGGAAGUUGCUUUGCAAGCCCGUUUCAACGAGAAGAAUAAGAAAUCGAAACGGAAAUGGCCUUCUAGAGGAAAGAAAAACUUCCAGAAUUUUGAUGGAAAAGAGUCACAAAAUUCAAGGAAAGGUGAGGGCAGUUCCAAAGGUGGUGGUCAAGACAACUACAAGUCGUUCGACAAAAGCACCAAGAAGUGUUACAAUUGUCAAAAGUUUGGGCAUUUCGCAAGAUAG